GAUGGGUAGGGGGAAGAUCGAGAUAAAAAAGAUAGAGAAUAACACAAACAGACAGGUGACAUACUCAAAGAGAAGAAAUGGGAUAUUCAAGAAAGCUCAUGAGCUUACUGUUCUUUGUGAUGCCAAGGUUUCUCUUAUUAUGUUCUCCAACACCGGCAAGUUCCAUGAGUAUAUCAGCCCUUCAACCACGACUAAAAAGAUGUAUGAUCUGUAUCAGACAACUCUAGGUUUUGAUCUCUGGAGCUCCCACUAUGAGAGAAUGAAGGAGACUAUGAAAAAGCUUAAGGACACCAACACGAAACUUAGGAGGGAGAUCAGGCAAAGAGUUCUUGGUGAAGAUUUAGAUGGUUUGGACAUGAAUGAUCUCACCAUUCUCGAGCAACAAAUGCAGGAUUCACUUACCAUUGUGCGAGAACGAAAGUAUCACGUGAUCAAAACUCAAACCGAUACUUGCCGGAAGAGGGUGAAAAACUUGGAGCAAAGAAAUGGUAAUCUUCGACUAGACUACGACACUGUACAUCAACUAGAUAAAAAAUAUGGCAUGGUGGAGAACGAGGGUUGCUAUGAGUCUGCUGUUGCAUAUUCAGAUGGCGUAUCAAAUCUCUACAGCUUUUGUGCGCACCCCAACAACAAUAUUUCCAUUUCAAAUGGCUCCGGUUACGAUCCCCAUGAUCAUCGCCUUCCUUGAGAUAAGUUGGAUGGGAUGUUAGUGGCGCAGCUGAUUAAAUAGGUCAUUAGUAAUCUAUAUACAGUCUUAACAAACUAGUUAAUUAGCUAAUCAUUAUAUAUUAUAAUGCAACAAUCUAACACCAAAUGCAGAGCUGGUAACUGAUCCUU